CGUAUAUAUGAAGUAAUUAUUAAAAUAUUAAAUUAAUAUUCUAAUUUCACAAAAAAAUAAUCAUAAAAUAAAAAAUAUUAUUACAUUAUACUCCCUCCAUGCCAGAGUAUUUGUCCACUUUCAUUUUUACACACCAUCCAAUGCACUUCUUUAAUCCAUUUUAUCUUGUAAUUUGUAUAUUAAAAAAUUAUAGAAAUUAUAUAUUAAUAAUCUAUAUGUUAAGACAAAUCAAACAAGAUCACACAUGACUAGAUUUAAGCUUACACAUUGAGAGAAUUUGAUGAGUCAAAUUUUGCUUUUCUGUUCUGCAUUUUAUUUUUAUUUGUUUAAACCCAAAAAUUGUUCCCCUCUCUCUCGUUCUUCGUGCCGUCGAUCUCUGCAUCCGUCCCUUUCACUGUUUUUUUUACAGAGAAACAAUUGCGGUAAUGAAUUCAUAUCCAUUUUUGUUUUGCGUUCUACUUUCGUGUUAGGCACAAUUAUUACAGGAAACCUAUCAGGAGUAAUGAACUCAGACACUACUGUCCCCAGAUCUUCUUCCAUUUCAGAUCUGACAUUAUUAUUUUUCAUCAUGAUUUCGUUUUCUGUGCGUUGAAGGCUCUUCAAUUCCCACAUAUUUUCUUUUCACCAAUUCGGGGUUUCACAGGCUGGAAUUCGGCCAUAUUUCGUUGAUUUGGGUCUGUUUUUCUUCCUGGAAAUAUGCAAUGAUACCACCUCUGUGGUUCUCUUUUUGUCGUUUUGUGAUCAUGUCGCGCCCAGGCAAUGAUUUCUCCUGAUGGGAUUUUGGGGGUUUCUGCAUUUCAGUUGUGGUGGAUGGAGUAUUUGGUCAGUUGCCCCUUUAAUUUUGUUGCUUGGCGGAGGAAAGCUUUAUCUUGUCUGCCUUGACCAGAAGCUGUAAACUUGCUGCAUUUCUUCUCAUAAAUUUCUGUUCCUCACUCUGGGCUGGAAGGUCAACAGGGGAAAGUCCUUGCAAUCUGGAGGAUCAACUUUAGGCACAAUUUAAUCUGCGAUUUUAGAAGGAACUCUGCAUUUAGAAAGGAUUGGCGAGGAUAAAAGUGCAGUCGCCUGUGAUUUGCUUGUUCUCACUUGUUCAACGACAAAGAUAAUCAAAGAUUAGAUUUUGGAGAAACAGGCUUUAGUUUGCUGGGCCCACCAAAGGUAGGGGACUUGGGACUAGGGAUACUCUUUAGAAAGAUUAAUUUUGUGUAGGUUUCAUCUAAACCCUCCAAUGUAUAUCUAUUGGAGGGCUUCCUAUGUCGUCCAGCAAACCAUUGCUGUCUUCAACUGAUCUUCAGCUUGUGCCAAAUGUUCAUCCCACUAAUUCCUCAUCUGGAAUCAGCUCAUCAGAACCAGAAAUUAUAAGCGGCAAUGCUUCAUUGUCUUCCUCAAAUUCUGACAAGAAACAUGAGAGUGAAUUUGAUGACGUGAAGGGCAGUGUAGAGGGCUGCAUUGCCCCCCACGGUGCUAUUGCUGCUUCUAUUACGAAGAAAAAACAAUUCCAUUCUGCUGAGCUUCACUCCCAUGUAAAGUAUAUGUCAGAAUGCACCUCUUGUGAGAGAAAACGUCUUGUAUCGUGGGGUGGUGUGAUGGACCAUCGUGACAUUGCUGCCUUCAAUGUUUCCAGUGAUCCAUCUCUGGCUGCCUCAUCUCAGGAAGCUUCCUCUCAGGUGACUUUCUCCCGUGUCCAGGAAAAGCUUAGCAAAUCUCAGAGGCAUCUUCAAAAAAGUAUGCAAUUAGAAGAUAACUUGUUAUACGUACCAAGGUUGAUUCAUAUUAAUGAUCCGAAGAGGACAAAUGAUAAGUUUGAGUUCACUGGAAACGAGAUACGGACCAGCAAGUAUACUGCACUUAGUUUCUUGCCAAAGAACCUAUUCAUCCAAUUUCAUCGAGUUGCUUAUUUAUAUUUUCUAGCUAUUGCUGCUCUAAACCAGCUCCCGCCACUGGCUGUUUUUGGUAGAACAGUGUCCCUUUUGCCUCUUCUCUUUGUGCUUUCGGUGACUGCUAUAAAAGAUGGUUAUGAGGAUUGGCGAAGACACAGAUCAGACCGGAAUGAGAACAACCGGGAAGCUUUAGUCCUUCAAUCAGGUGAAUUCAGGUUGAAAAAAUGGAAGAACAUCCGUGCUGGUGAGGUUGUAAAGAUCAAUGCCAACGAGACAAUUCCUUGUGAUAUUGUGCUUUUGGGGACGAGUGAUCUUAGUGGAAUUGCUUACAUACAAACCAUGAACUUAGAUGGUGAAUCAAACUUGAAAACAAGGUAUGCUAGGCAAGAAACAACUUCAUUAGUACAUGAAGGGGCAGAAUAUUUUGGAGUUAUCAGAUGUGAACAACCCAACAGGAAUAUCUAUGAGUUCACUGCCAAUUUGGAGUUGAAAGGAAAAAGGGUUUCUCUCAGCCAAUCAAAUAUAAUCUUGCGUGGCUGCCAACUGAAGAAUACAGAAUGGGCAAUUGGUGUGGUGGUUUAUGCUGGACAGGAGACCAAAGCUAUGCUGAACAGUGCAGCAUCUCCAUCUAAAAGGAGCAGACUCGAAGCAUACAUGAAUAGAGAAACCCUUUGGUUGUCUGUUUUUCUUCUCACAAUGUGCCUUGUUGUCGCAAUUGGAAUGGGUCUUUGGCUAAAACGCCACAAGGGGCAGCUUGAUACUUUGCCAUAUUACAGGAGAACAUACAUCGGAAAAGGGAAUACUGAACGGAGAUUGUAUAAAUAUUAUGGGAUACCCAUGGAAACCUUUUUCUCUUUUUUGAGUUCCAUCAUAGUUUUCCAGAUAAUGAUACCAAUAUCUCUAUAUAUCACCAUGGAGUUAGUUCGUCUGGGACAGUCAUAUUUCAUGAUUGGGGACAAGCAUAUGUAUGACUGUGGCUCUAAUUCAAGGUUUCAGUGUAGAUCCCUGAAUAUCAACGAGGAUUUGGGUCAGAUACGUUUUGUGUUUUCUGACAAAACGGGAACAUUAACAGAAAACGAGAUGGAAUUCAAAAGAGCAAGUAUAUGGGGAAGAAACUAUGCAGGUUCCCUUUCUGUUGCUAAUAACAUUGGAGUAAAACCAUCAUCACAAGUUUGCAAUAGAAGAUGGAAGCUUAAGUCAGAUAUUGCCACGGAUUUUGAACUCAUGGAUUUGCUGUGUAGCGAUUUAGCUGGUCAAGAAAGAAUUGCUGCACAUGAAUUCUUUCUGACAUUGGCAGCAUGCAAUACUGUCAUUCCCAUUGUUAAUCCCAGCCCAUCAAGUGAAACGGAGAAUGAGCUAAGUAGUAAUGUUGGCGGAGUUGAAUAUCAGGGUGAAUCUCCCGAUGAACAGGCACUAGCUGCUGCUGCCUCUGCUUAUGGCUAUACACUUUUUGAGCGGACUUCAGGGCACAUUUCAAUUGAUGUCAAUGGCAAGAAACUAAGGUUGGAUGUGUUGGGACUUCAUGAGUUUGACAGUGUUCGUAAAAGAAUGUCUGUUGUUAUCCGAUUCCCAAACAAUAGUGUAAAAGUCUUGGUGAAAGGAGCUGAUACGUCAAUGUUUAGCAUUUUAAAGAACAACAAUGAAGGGGAUGACAACAUUAGUAAUGCCACUCAGAAUCAUUUGAAAGAGUAUUCUUCAGAAGGUCUACGCACACUUGUAGUUGCUGCCAGGGAUCUUACAGGUGAAGAACUCAAAGAGUGGCAAUGCUUGUAUGAAGAUGCCAGCACAUCACUGACAGAUAGGUCUGCAAAAUUACGGCAAACAGCAGCACUAAUUGAAUGCAACUUAUGUCUACUUGGGGCAACUGCAAUAGAGGACAAGCUACAAGAUGGUGUACCUGAAGCUAUUGAAUCUUUGCGACAAGCAGGAAUUAAAGUGUGGGUUCUUACUGGCGAUAAACAAGAAACAGCAAUUUCUAUUGCCCUUUCGUGCAAACUCUUGACGUCAGACAUGCAUAAGAUCAUAAUUAAUGGCAAUUCUGAAGAUGAAUGCAAAAGGCUAUUGUCUGAUGCUAAGGCUAAAUAUGGUGUGAAGUCUUCUUGCUGCAAUAAUUGGAUCUUGAAAUGGAAGAAGGACACAGAAGUUUGUUACACUGAAGUUUCUCCAGAUGCAAUGUUGUUGGACCUGCCGGCGGAACACACAGAACAGGAAGGAGGACCUCAACCAUUAGCACUCAUUAUUGAUGGGAAUAGUCUGGUUUAUAUAUUAGAGAAAGAGCUCGAGCCUGAGCUAUUCGACCUUGCAAUCUCAUGUCAGGCAGUGCUUUGCUGCCGUGUUGCACCUCUGCAAAAGGCUGGAGUGGUCAAUUUAAUAAAGACUCGCACAGAUGAUAUGACCUUAGCCAUUGGUGAUGGAGCUAAUGAUGUUUCAAUGAUCCAAAUGGCCGAUGUUGGUGUUGGAAUAUGUGGUCAGGAAGGGCGUCAAGCUGUAAUGGCAUCUGAUUUUGCUAUGGGACAGUUUCACUUUCUCAAAAGAUUGCUUUUGGUACAUGGACAUUGGAAUUAUCAUCGAAUUGGUUACUUGGUUCUAUAUAACUUUUAUCGGAAUGCUGUUUUUGUGUUUAUGCUUUUCUGGUACAUUUUGUUCACUGCUUUCUCAACAACGUCAGCACUUACUGAUUUGAGCAGUGUUUUUUAUUCUGUACUUUACACUUCAGUACCUACCAUCAUUGUUGGUAUUUUGGACAAGGAUUUAAGUCAUAGGACGCUUCUCAAGUAUCCAAAACUAUAUUCUUCUGGUCAUAGACAGGAAAGUUACAACAUGCACCUGUUCUGGAUAACAAUGAUAGAUACAGUAUGGCAAAGUCUUGUUCUUUUCUAUGUACCCCUGUUGGUAUAUAAGAAGAGUACAAUUGAUAUCUGGAGUCUAGGUAGCUUAUGGACAAUUGCAGUGGUGAUACUUGUCAAUGUACAUUUGGCAAUGGAUGUUCAGCGCUGGUUGGUAUAUACCCAUAUCGCCAUAUGGGGGUCAAUAGUUAUCACAUAUGGCUGCCUGGUAGUAGUGGACUCUAUUGUAAUCUUCCCAAAUUAUGGAACAAUAUACCAGCUCAUAAAGUUGCCUAGUUACUGGCUCACAAUUUUCCUUAUAAUAGUUGUGGCAUUGCUUCCUCGCUUUAUGUUUAAGGUUAUACAACAAACAUUCUGGCCUUCAGAUAUACAGAUAGCUAGAGAAGCAGAGAUACUGAAUAAGGGACUUGGUCAUUUUGUGUCUAAGCCAAAUCAUGAUAAACGUUGAUGUGCUGACAUGUGCUGCCUUUUAAUGGCGAUCAACCCUAAUUAUAUACUGGCUGCACAUAAUUGCUGGUCCUUGGCUUUCUCCUGUAUUUCAAUGUAUAUACUAACUGAUUUUCAUACCCAGAGUUGCUCGCCGGGGGGAUAGCCGGCCACGGAUUUUGAUGAGGAGGUUAAGUUGAAUGCCGCAAGCGAAACCAAUGGCUGGCUGCUUAUUGUGUUGUAAUAGUCUCUACCACAUUUAUUUCUUGGCAUAAUUGAAAGAAAAAAAAGUAGAUUUGAGAAAGAGAUACAAAUGUACAUUAUGAUAUUGUAAAAAAAAAUAUACAGGUGAUUAUCCUAAGCAUGUACAAGUGAACAAAUAAAGUGUAUUUUC